UGUGUGUUUAUGAGUUGGUACUGCUCGUUGGUGGAGAAGUUGUCGUGCAUGUUAGUAAUUUUUAUCUGUCUUAUGUAUGCCAAUAAAGACGAAAAACUUGUAAUUUUUAUACGCUAAGUGUAGCCUACUUAUUUUUCUACAGAAUUCAAAUGGGUUCUUCAGUUGCUCAAAAGACUUGGGAAAUGACUAAUAAUGUAGAAACUGUCCAAAAUAUAGAUGAAAUUUACAAAUAUAACAAAAAACAGCAACAAGAUAUUCUUACCGCAAAGCCGUGGGAAAAAGACCCUCACUACUUUAAGGACAUUAAGAUAUCAGCCCUAGCUUUGUUGAAAAUGGUGAUGCAUGCCAGGUCAGGUAGCAACUUGGAAGUGAUGGGUUUGUUACUCGGGAAAGUGGAUGCCAAUACGAUGAUUGUUAUGGAUUCUUUUGCCCUGCCGGUUGAAGGGACGGAAACCAGAGUCAAUGCCCAGGCUCAGGCGUACGAAUACAUGGCAGCUUAUACAGAAACUGCAAAACAAGUACGUUUUAGACAUUUUAGUGUUGGUUGGUGUAACUCUCGACUACCACAUGUGUUUUUCUUAUUGUUACAGAUUGAUCCAGUGAGAACAAUCUCUGCCGGAAAAGUAAACUUGGGAGCUUUUAGAACCUAUCCUAAGGGGUACAAGCCUCCCGAUGAAGGUCCGUCAGAAUAUCAGACCAUUCCACUCAACAAAAUUGAAGACUUUGGGGUCCACUGUAAACAAUACUACUCGCUGGAUGUCUCAUAUUUUAAAUCAUCUCUAGAUCGACGUUUGUUGGAUUCCCUGUGGAAUAAGUACUGGGUAAACACGCUUAGCUCUUCGAGUCUUCUGACUAAUGCAGACUACACUACAGGGCAAGUAUUUGACCUCUCUGAUAAACUUGAACAAUCGGACACUCAGCUAGGAAGAGGUGGUUUUAUGUUAGGAAUUGAUCCCCACGAGAAACGGACUGAAGACAAACUGACUAAAGCCACCAAAGACUGCUGUAAAACAACUAUAGAAGUGAUUCAUGGUCUUAUGUCCCAAGUAAUUAAAGACAGACUAUUUAACCAGGUGAAACCUUGAGGUGAUGUUCAAGACUGGUUUGACCUCUUAACUGAAACAAAUUAAGUUAUCAUGCUGUAAAGAAAAGCUAUUCUACCCUAACAUAUACUGAUGCUUUAUGAAUUUCUCCUUUCUGUUACUUUCAAGAAAAAAGUUAAAAUAAGCAGCAUUUAUUGAUCUUUGUUGUUAAUAAAUUGAUGCACACGUUAUUUUGAUGUCUGUACGCUUAGUGUUUUAAUAAAGAGUUACAAGAUAA